AUGGUUACGUAUAGACUGGGAAAACAGCUCAUAUCUUUGGACUUACCCGACACCACGAAGAAAGAGGUCGACUUUACCGAUACCUCAUUCUUCACCACCAGCCCACACCGCCACCUCCCAACACCUGCCCAGGUCAGGGCUAUGUCCAAAGAUAUCGAUACAAGCUCUCAACCAACUCCUAUCAAAUUUAGAAAUCUCAACCUGAUUGUCAAAUUCGGUCUUUAUGUGACAAUUGUCGAGGCACUGAAUCUGUGGAUGGUCAAAAAGGUUUUUCAUGACAAAGUUCCAGUGCCUGGGCUUUUUGGCUGGCGGGUCGAUGAUGAAGGCUAUGUGUUCAUAUAUAUGGAGCUCAUCGAAGGACCAACACUCGAAGAGUGCUGGAAUCGUCUAUGCAAUAUUGAGAAGAGGGCCAUCUCUGAUCAACUAUCACGGAUUGCGGAGACUCUGCGGCAACUCGAGCAAGACCCCUCUGAUCAGUUUAUCGUAUCAAAGAGUUCAACGACUGGUUCACUUAUCCCAGUCAUGGUUUACUUCCGGAUAAUGGGGAAAUAA